AUUAUUCCAAGUUGCACUUAUUAUCUUAGUGAGAUUCCAAUGAAAUUGAUUCCAAUGAUUACAAAUAUUCAAUUAUUAUCUGUUCUAUGCUUACUUACUUAUGUGAAUGCAGGUUUAUUACAAAAAUCAAAUGGAGGUAAGAAUAAUUUUAAAUAAAUGAUUCUAUCAUGAAUAUUUCUUUUUCUUUUUCAAUAUUUAAAUUAAUAUCAAUUAACUGGUGACAUAUAAAUCUACAUGAUACAUAACAAUAAUGAUACAAAACUAACUAGACAACAAACUGAUAUUAUUAUCAGUGUGAAAUAUUCAUUAAAUUCUGAAUGUUAUAUGUACAAUGUUUGUUUCCUAACAGAAAUCAUAUGUUUAAUUUCAACUAAUCCAUGAAAUUAAACGACAUAUUCAUCAUUGUUUUCAGUGAAUCACUAUCUCACAACAGACCUGGUUGAACUCCAUUGGUCACUGUUUCUCAUUAGAACUCCAUGAAAUACCUCUGGAAGCCAGUCAAUAGAGAGCAUAUGUUGAUUAAUAUCAAAAAGGGUUUUUGUGGAUAUCAUAGUAAUUUCAAUAGUUAAGAUGAUGAGUCACUGAAAUGGACGUCCAGUGCUUCCAGGUUUCCCAUAGUUAUCUAGCUUCAAUUGACUCAUGAUCCCAACUAUUGAAAUUACGAUAAUAUUCACAUGAAAAACACCCCUUCUGACAGAAAUCAUAUAGUUAAGAAGUUGUAUUUCAUUUAUUUAUAAAUACUCUUGAAAUCUAACAGAUUAAUGUUUCACAACAGAAUUGCUAGCGAGUAAGAAUAUCAAGAAUAAAGUAAGAAUACUAUAAUAUCGAAUGCUUAGUUCUAUCUAACAUCCCAUAUUUUAUUCAAUAUUCAGUCAAAUAUGUCUAGAAAAUAAUAAAGAAAAUAACAAGAAUUCGAUUAUUGAGAAAGUAGAAUGAUAAACUGAGGAUAUAUUAGAACACUUCUUCGAUUAUUCACAUAAUCAAAUUAACGGGAGAUCAACAUUCUAAUCAACUGGUCAUUCCUUCUCUUGUUCUGUUUAAACACAUCAUUACUCAAAUCAGUGAAUGAUAUUGAAAAUUAUUGACUGAAAUGUUUUAAUAGACUGAGUAUUUGUAGUGAUUUGCUCUAUACUAUAAAGACAGAGUGAGAAAGUUGGACAAAUCAGUAGUAUAAAUUACAUGUGAGGUUUAUUCUAAAAUGUAUUGAAUGUUGGAUUUGCUGAGAUUGUUAACACUGACAAAUGUUAAAUUUAAACAUGUGAUUGAAUUCGAUGAAUAACUUCAACAAACGUUUUCUUUCAAAAUGUAUUACAGAUGAAAUUUCAUCCGUCGGAAAGACUGAUCCUGGACAAGAUAUAGAGCCGUCAAUCGUUUCUAAUGUUGUUGCAGAAAGUGUUGAUAGUUUGAAUGAAACCACAAAUGUAGACAGUCAUAAAGAAGGAACAUCUAACUCAAAUUCCUCUCAGUCGAUUGUAGUGGCUGACGUUGCUAACACUGAGACUGUUGCCAACUUAACCUCAAAUCCUCCAGAAUCUACGAUAGGAAAUUCUGACAACAAUUCAGAUAGCACUGGCAACUCAGAUGUUUCCUCUACUCUGACGACAGAAACUGAUACUACUCAAAAUGAUAUCGUUGUUCCGAUAAUUGCAGAGGGUUCAGAAAAUCAUACAGAAAGUACUUCUACUGUGACAAGUGGUGAAAAUUAUACAGAAAGCACUUCUACUGUGACAAGUGGUGAAAAUUAUACAGAAAGCACUUCUACUGUGACAAGUGGUGAAAAUCAUACAGAAACAAUUAUAUCUGAUUCAACCUCAGAAAAUCUUGAUAACCAUACAGAAGCCCUUACAGAUGCUAAUGCACCUUCUCCUUUGAUAGUAGCCGUUGGUGAUCUUUGUAAAGAGUUUGGCAUUUACAUGGACACACAGUUGACUAGUCCAACAUCAGAAGACUUGAAAAAUCAGACAGAAAACACUGGUAACUCAGAUAUAACCCCUUAUACACAGGUCCAUAACGUUGACGAAAAUCGUACUGAUGACUCUCACUUAGAGUCAACUUCAGAAAGUGUUGAUAUUCGAGCACAAACUUCUACAGAAACACCUAAAUAUCCUUCUCCUUUGAUGAAACUAAUUGAUAACCUUUGCAAGGUGUUCACUAACACAAAUGAAAUUGUCUCUGAUACAACAGAAGAACCUACCGAAAUCAUCACAACAACUGAGACAAACAACAUCACUGAGUCAGAAACCAAGUCUACCGACAACGAAACACAAAGUGUUUCCAAUAUUUGCAUUAAUACUAUGUGUGCAAAUGAAACAGGCACAACAACUGAACAACCAAGUACUACAGUAUUGCAUCAUUUAAAUCUUUCUGAUAUAAAGAGUAAGAAGUGUAAAACAAAGAAAUCAGAUGAAGAUGACUGUGAAACCGAUUCAGAAAAUGAAGAUGCCUCGGAAGGAACCGAUAGUGAUGGUGAUAGUGAUGAUGAAAGUGAUGAUGAUAAUGAAUAAAAUUGAUAAAAUUGUGCUGACAUUAAACACAAUCUCUGGUGUACCACGAGAUGAUUUUACAUUUAUUAAGCACAAAACAAAAGCAAAAAUGAAUUAGCGUACUAAUCUUUUAAAUUCCGCUUAAAUUUUACAAUUUAAACAUUGAAACAAGUUCUGUCAACUGAUUGCAAAAAGAUCAAUGUAACAUUCAGUCAUUAUGUAUUACAUUUUAUCUCUUCACAAUAUAUAUACAUACUUGGUAUUGGCUGAAAUAUAAAUUUUUCUUAAAUU